GAUUGUAUACACCUGUGUCCAUGGAGGGGAUUGGAGCACCUGAAUCACAUGAUUUGGAGGGGAUUGGAACACCUGAAUCACAUGAUUUGGAGGGGAUUGGAACACCUGAAUCACAUGAUUGGGAGGGAUUGGAACACCUGAAUCACAUGAUUGGGAGGGGAUUGGAGCACCUGAAUCACAUGAUUGGGAGGGGAUUGGGACACCUGAAUCACAUGAUUUGGAGGGGAUUGGAACACCUGAAUCACAUGAUUGGGAGGGGAUUGGAACACCUGAAUCACAUGAUUGGGAGGGGAUUGGAACACCUGAAUCACAUGAUUGGGAGGGGAUUGGAACACCUGAAUCACAUGAUUGGAUGGGCGUUGACAAUACUUUUGGCAAUACAGUGUAUAUGGAUGUAUAUAGGGAGG